GUUCACAAUAAAACUCAACGUAACAAUUUCCAUUUCCUUCCUACUAAUCAUCAUCAAUUAAUUGCUUUUAUUAAUAUUUUGUGUUAAACACUCAUAAGAAAAAAAAAAUCAAUCUAAUCAACUUAAUCAUCUAAUUUGCUGUUGAAAAUAAAUAAGUUUCUAAUCAGAUGGAUAAUAGACUGAUAGCAAAAUCUCAAUUGCAUCUUUAUCAUCUUCAUCUUCCUCUGCCAACAAUCAGAGAUCAAUGAAAAGAACGAAAAAAAAAGUUAAUUAACAAUUAAAAAUUCGGAUAAAAAGCUAUUCGAUUGUUCGGCAACUCCAUCUGGUGGAAAAACUUUUUAUUCGGAAAAUACAAUUUGUUGUUUUCUGUGUGAAUGUUAAUCUAGUUUCUUUUGUUUUGUUUUCUUUUUUCACUUUUUUUUUCUACAAUUUAACUAUGAUUAAUAUUACCUCUCAGGUAAACGAAACAAUUUCGUUAAUAACCACAACGGAAUCUUCGACAACCACAACGACGACCAAUACAAAUACCAUUUCAUCUUCUUCUUCCUCUUCAACAUCUUCUACAAUCUCUUUGACCAACAACAACAAUUCUGCCAACAACAAUAAUAUUGAUGAUAACAGUAUAAUCGCCAUUAAUUGUACCGUUGUAACCGAUGAUAACCUCCCAAUCCUAACCCAUACCAAUAGUGCUAAUAAUACUAACAUUUCCCUUGAUAGUGAUUCUAGUAAUUCAUCAACUAACCCAAAUUUAUCUCGUGAUAUCUCUUGUAUUGAUUUAACUGAAGGCGAUGAUGAUAUCGAAAUCAUAAAUGAGAAAAUAUCUUUCAGGCCUCACAAAAAGCGGAAACGUGAACAUAGAACACCAUCUUCUACAUCAACCUCAUGCUGUCCCCAUAGGCCUUGUCGAAAUUCUCUGAGAGAAUCUUCAACAACUUCAAACCAUAGAAUAUCUCCCCGAUCCGCUAGCCGUCGGUCAGCUCACCAUCAUCAACCUCUAACACCGCCCAGACUGUUGCCAGUACUUUCGCUACAGGAGCAAUUAAGCAUCAGUCCACCUCGAUCCGACUCAUUCAUUGUCGAUCUCGCCAAUUCACCUUCACCCUCUACGUCAUCUAGUUCAAACAAGAGCAAUUCGAUCGAUAUACUGGUGGAAAGUGUACCAAAGCGUAAAAAUAUUGUGGAGAUUCAAAAACCUCAGGAACCAGUUCGAUAUAAAAUAGUAAAAUGUCCGAUUUGCCUUGAGGAAGAUCACAAAAUACUUGCUGCUGGAGGGGAAAUUGUUGUUACAGUUUGUGGUCAUGUUUAUUGCAAGUCGUGUAUUCAACAAGCCAUCAAGACGAAUCACUGUUGUCCCAACUGUAGAAAAAAAUUAACCCAAAAAAAUUACCAUAGGAUCUUUUUGUAGAAAACAUUUGCUAACCAGAAGAGAAAAAGUCAUAUGGCAGAUUCAUUUCAGGAGAUUAAUUCAUCAUCUUUAUUAAUUGUCAUCGAUUGAAAUGUUCACCAUUUUUUGUGUCUCUAAAUCACUCGCUGAAAUUUUGUUCUCAAUUCUACUUAUACAGAGUAUUGUGUGAACGUUUGAACGCGUUUUAAGUGAGAGAGGAACCAUAAAAGAAACGCUAGGAAAUCGAUGAUCAAUGAAAUCAACUGAAACAAUUUCACCAAAAGUAAAUUGAUUCCUCUAAAUCAAAUCUCUCUUUAUAUAUACAUAAUAUUUCAUCCCAAACCCUCAAAGCGAAAGUGAUCAAGUUAAGAUAAUCAUAAUUUUCUCUCUCUCACUUAAAUCACUUUCAACACUCAACACUCAACACCCUGUAAUCAAAAACGAUCCCAAAGCCCAACUCAUCGUCAUUUUGUAUAUAAUGAUUAUAUACAAAUGUAUAUAUAUUAUUAUUAUUAUUACUAUUGAUUAUUACUACGAUACGAUUAAGGGUUAAAAUAAGAUCCUGUUCCAAAAUAAUAAAAAGAAAGCGAAAAGAAAACGAAACGAAUUUCCCAAAGUCCAAAGUGGUCACGCAAGGAUCAUUGGAAAGCGUCGAGAAGUCCGAAAGAAACUCCAUCAUGAUGGCGAUAUUUUCGUUCGUUAAAUUGUUAAUUGUCUGUUUUUUUCUCUCACUAUGCAAAAGUGUCAACAUCAACGAUCGUAAUCAAUCAGGAGUCAUCGUCAACAUCAACAACAAACGAAUUACAAUCAACUAAUUCAGGUUGUAAGGCAAAUGAUUUAUUCUAAAUUAUCAAUUAAGCCUUAUUAACUUUCUCUCUCUCCCUAAAUUAUGUAAAUCAUUUCCAUCUCUCUCUCUCUCUCUCUUCUCUCUUAUCCCUGUGUGUUUUGGCUGUUGCAAUUGUGAUUAAUCUUGAAGAUAAUCAACAGAAUCAAAUCAGAUUUUUAUGAUUGAUUAUCUCUUUAAGACGAUUCCGAGUCAAUAGCAUCCUCAUCAAUUGUCUUCUUUAAUUUCUCUCUCUCUCUCUUUUUUUUCUUUUUAUAACUAUAAUUAUUUAGAAACAUUAAUUUGUAUUCGAAAACGAAAAUUGUUCAAAAUGUUAACAGACAUCGCGAACAACAAUUAAUGAAGAAUUAAGUGUUACAAUUAGAAUUUCUCUUUUUCUCAUUCAGGCAUUAAAAAGGUAAAUUUCUUAUUCUUGAUUAGAAUCAGUCUAUUCAACCCUGAUUAUCUUUUCUCUUUCAUUUUUUUUUUCUUUCUCGCAUCACUAACAUGCUUCAUCUUUUCCACUUAUUUAAAGUUAAUUUAGAACUUAACUGAUGUUCACUGAAUCACAAUCAGUAAAUCAGCUGAAAGAAAAAUUAGUCGAAAAUCAAAUAUAAGUUGUAACAAUUAAUCUUCAAUCAAUUAACAUCCAUUUUCUUUAACAUGAUUUACAAUCUGUGAUUAGAAUCACAAUUAGCUAUUGAUUUGUGUUUCUUUUGUAAUGCAAAUUGAUUAUUACAAUCAGUUGAUUGAGAAACAAUUAAACAGGAGAAAGAGGGAGAUAGAUGAGAGAGAAUUAAUUACAAUUAAUAGAUUAUUAUUGGUACUUGGCAAUUUGAUUUAUCUUAUUACAAGAAAUAAUUUUAAUUUUAUAUUACAAAGAUGAAAAAUUUGAUUGUGAUGGUGAAUGAUGAAGCUAAUUAAUUAAUGAUGAUGAUGAUGAUGAGGUUUUCCUUUUGUCUUAUUGUCUUAAUUGUUUAUUUCCUUAUUAUAUGUUGAUUGAUUUUUCUUGUUUCCUUUUCCUUUUGUUUUUAUCUAUGAACAUAUUUACAGAGGUGAUGAGGAUAACAAAAGUUAAGAUAAGAAUGGAAGUUGAUUAAUGAUGAUUGAGUUUCUGAUGAUGAUGACAGUUAAUUAGUAUUGAUUUAGAUUUGGUCCUAAUAAACCGCCUGAGGGCCAUUCCCACCAUUUAGAGGUGAGUAUCUGUUCAAGAUAUUGUUGCAUCACUUGAUUGUUUUGCUGUCCAGGAACAUUAAAGUGAUGAGGAUGUUGACCAUUGGGUGAGAGUGAGUGUUGAUGAUGAUGAAUUUGAUUACCACUAAUUUCGGGCACGUUAUUGGAAGCAGAAGCUGAAGGUUGAUCUGAAGAUGAAGAUGAAGAAGAUGAUGAUGAUGAUGAUGGUCGACCUCGAAUAUUUCUCCAUAGGUUUUCAAGUGUUGAUGUCAAUCGAUUUCCCUCCAUCAUGGUUAAAGGUCGUAAACGAAUUCGUAAACUGUCCAAAUAACGAGAGCCUCGAUUGCCGGUUGAUGAUGACGAUGUUGGUGUUGCUCCAGCGGGCUUACGAUCUCGAUUACCUGAAGACGAUCUCAGUCCAGGUAUGGGUAUGCUGGGUAAACUCGGUAAACUUGGUAAACUUGGUAAACUAGGUAAGUAUGAGGUAAUAUUAUUGAUCGAAACCGGAACUAAAUUUGAAAACGAGGCUUGCAUUCGUUGUCCUUGUUUGACUAAAUUCUCUUCAAUAUGACGCAAAGGACCAGGGCCACGAAGUAACCUUUGAACUGAAUCGAUAAGAGGUUGAAGGUAACGAUUUCUACUCGAUUGUGAUUUAUUUUUAUCAUUUGAUUGUUGAUCUUUUCUAGUGUUUCCAUCGCCAGCUGAUUGAGUAAUAGGCAAGAGAGAGUUGAAGUUAUUUGGGUCAAAUCCUUGAUAACCCACCGGUGGAGGUAAGAAUUGACCAUUAACUCCAUGUAAGUUGAACAUUGGAUCGUUAAAUGUUGGUGCCACAUCGGAAGAUGAUGUGUACUCUUUAUCGUAAUGGUUUGAUGUGAUUGGUGAAGAUGCGGAUGAGGAUGAGGAAGAUGAAGAUGAUGAUGGGUAUCCUUGGUUAUUAUUUCUUGAUGAAAGGUCAGUUUGAGAAGAUGGAUCCACGAAUACAGGGGACCCAUGGAACCAGGGAGGAGUCAUAACGUUCAUGGGUAUAAAUAAAGGUGCAACCAUAUCAGAUUUAUCAGCAGGGGAAGAUGAAGAUGAGGAUGAGGGUGAAGGUGAUGAAGGUUGUGAUGAUGAUGCCGAUGAGGGUAUUGGUGAAAAGGGUAAGGGUGAAGUUGAAGUUCUACUUGGAUCAUCUGGUGUUGAGGGUGAUGAAUCUGAUGCUUGAGUUUCUUGAUCACUUUGUGAAUCACUUUGCCCCGCUAAGGCUUGAGAAUUGUCAGCUGAAAAUACUGGCCUGAGGUGAGACAUCAUAGCGGCGUGCAUUUCAUGUGGAGGUGGAAUAGGAGCUCCGGCAGGAACAUGAAUUGGAAUGGGAAUAUGUUGAACUGUAUGGUGUUCGUGAUCUCCACCACCGCCACCGCCACAAGAACCACAAGAAUUUGAACAACCACAACCUCCUCCUCCACUGUCACCACCUUUAACUACAAUCUUGUGUCCGCUGCCUUUUUUACCAUCUUUACCAGCGGUUUGUACCAAAAUAUUACCACCACAUCCGCCGUUUGAUAAAACAAUAAUUAAAUUUUUCUCCUUCUUUUUACCCGCCUCAACAAGUCCAGCGCUGGUCAAUGUGAUUAGAAUCACAAUCGACAACCAAAGUUGACAUAAACUAAUCUCCACCAUAGUUGAUUAGUUUAAACACUUAACAAGAAACAAAUCAAUCAACAAGUUAAUCACUUGUUUAUUUAUCUCUCUCUCUCUCUCUCUCUCUCUCUCUCUCAGUAAUAAUCCAAGGUGAUGAUGGAUCCAAAAUAUGAUGGAAGAUUUAAUUCACAAAGGGGAAGGGGAGAACAAUUAAAUUAAGAAAACACAAGAAAGAAAAUGAAAUUAUGUUGAAUGUUGAAUAUCAAGACAAAUAGUCGAUGUGAUGAACAAUUGGAAUGAUGAUCGAAAAGUAAACCAAAUUUAGAGAUGAUAAUCUGAUUGAUUGAAUAUAAACACACUAACAAUUUGAUAAUUUCUCUUAAAUUGUUCCCGAUUCCGUUCUAACCGUCAAAUGAGCAUAACAAUUUGAUGGAGGGUGUCUUAUGUAGGGUGAUUAAGGAGCUUCGGGUUCGGUGUCACCCUUCAAUAGGUUGAAUGGAUUUUCGGGCUUCGAAAGAGGCGUCAAGUUAGUUUUGUGUACGAAUAGAUCAAAGUGAAACAAGAAGAUGACGGGGGAGGAUAAUGAUGACGAUCAAGAUGAAGAUGAAGAUGUAGCACAAAAAGAAAGUGGCCUGAAAGAAAAGUUUGUCGAAAGAGAAAACGACACAACUUAUAUAAUGUUAGUUUCGAACGAUGAAAAUAAUAAUUAGUUAGAUAAACGAUUUUUUUCUCUCUCUCUAAUUGUUGUUGUUUCAUUUUCUUUGUUUAUUUUGUUUUAAUUUAAUUGGAAGGAUUAAUUGAUUAUCUUAAUUUUUUUCUAUCUACAAUUAUCGUUAAUUAACUGAUUAUUCAAAAAGAUUAACAUUCAAAUUGGUCGUACGUUCAAUGAUCGACAUUUAUUGUUACUUCAUAUUCAAAGCAUAUUUAAAGUUAAUCAACUUGUUCUUUUCAAUUGUUUACAAUUAACUUUUAAGUAAAUUGAUUUAAUUUACGACAAUCUAAAAAUAUGCUUAACAAUUAGAGUUAAUCACACAAUCCGCCGGGUUUUAAAUUAAUAUCAAUAAAGUCAAUACACUGAUUACAAUUUGUUUUUUUUUUCUUCAUCAUUCUAAUCAAUAUUUGCGUUUUGGUGCUUUAAUUGUUAACUCAAUUGUAACAAUUAGAUGAUUUUUACCUUGGUGUUGGUUUUAAUUGUGCUGUUGGUACUGUUGUUUUUGGUGAAAUAAUUAAAAUGAUUAAUUGGUAAUCAGCUGAGUUAUUGUAUUACUGAUAUUUGCAUCUAUUGAUAGAUUUUGAUUGUUUCCUUAAUUGUGACCAGAUUUGUUAUCAUUUAGUUAAUGAUUAACAAUUUGUGAGCUUGUUUGAUUUUAUUGGUUAGUUAAUUAUCAUUUAAAUAUAUAACAUGAUUAACUAAUUGUAACAAUAUUUUGGUUGUUGGUUAAACACAAGGAAGUUAAUUAAAUCUGAUUAACCAUUUUUCUGUCUUAA